AUGGUUGUCGAUAACGCAGGACAUGAGCAAGUGCUGCAGGCUCAAGACCAACCGCGGCCCAACUUCCAUCCAGGGCCGCCGUCCACGCCAUCAUCUCAGGAUACUCUGCGUCAGUCAUCUCUUCAAGAGCAUAAUAGAUUGGCUCUGAGUCACAAAGUGGGAGGGCCAUUGCCAAGCCGAUUAGCAACCCCUGUUGCUCCAUCUUCUGAUGGCACUUCCGAGACUUCAUCGCGUGCUGAUCUAUACGCUAUAGUAAGCCAGGUCGGUGAGGGCACUUUUGGCAAAGUGUACAAGGCGCGCAACACGAUAACUGGGGUACAUGUCGCCUUAAAGAGGAUCCGGAUGGAACAGGAGCGAGACGGAUUCCCGGUCACUGCUAUGCGUGAAAUCAAGCUCCUUCAGUCCCUUCGUCACCAGAAUGUCGUGAAGCUGUAUGAAAUGAUGGUGUCUCAUGGUUCUGUAUACAUGGUCUUCGAGUACAUGGAUCACGACUUGACGGGUGUAUUAACGCAACAGCAGUUUGCCUUUUCUGAUGCAAAUCUCAAAUCCCUUUGUCAACAAAUGCUGGCUGGACUGGCUUACUUGCAUCAUAAAGGCGUUAUCCACAGGGACAUCAAAGGCUCGAACAUUCUCUUGAACAACCGAGGCGAGUUGAAACUGGCCGACUUUGGACUUGCUCGUUUCUACCAGAAGCGGCGCCGUAGCGAUUACACCAACAGGGUCAUUACUCUGUGGUACCGGCCUCCCGAACUCCUGCUUGGCACUACUGUUUAUGGCCCUGAGGUCGACAUGUGGAGCGCAGGGUGUAUCAUGCUGGAGCUGUACACGAAGAAGCCCGUAUUUCAGGGUAACGACGACAUCUCCCAGCUGGACUCCAUCUACAAGGUCUUUGGUACGCCGACCCCAGAGCGAUGGCCCGGCGUGGCGGAUAUGCCGUGGUACGAGCUGGUCAAGCCGAAGGAGGUAAUCGAGGACCAUUUCCGCGUGCUAUUCAAGAAAUGGCUGUCUCAUGCUGCGUUGGAUCUUGCGGAGCAAUUACUCAAUUACGAUCCCUCGAAACGUAUAACAGCCGCUCAAGCUCUUGAAGCACCAUAUUUCACGCAAGAAGAACCGGCUCCUGCACUACCUGUCGGAUUGUCCACCUUGGAGGGUGAGUGGCACGAGCUGGAAGCCAAGCGGGAGCGGGAGAGGGUGAAGAAGCGGAGGAGAACCGAAGGCGAAGUGUUCCAGUGA